AUGGAGACGUUGAUGGACCCCAUGGAUAUCCGUUUUUCGCAGGACAACAUCGGAGAACAUUUCAGGGAUGGCACCUGCAUUUUUGAGACGCGCGACAGCAUCAUCCAAGGCAUGGAAAAGCGUGAGGUAGACAUGAUCCACGUUGUGGAGCGUGGGGCGUGCUAUGUCACGUUGGACAACCGGCGGUUGGCUGUGUAUAAGAUGGUUCGCAAGGCCGGAAAGUGCGGCAGGGUGAAGGUCAAGAUUAUGCGUCGCGAUCAGGUGGACACAGAGUUGAGGCGCAAGUCGGACUCCACCGUGGAAGGCUUGUCUGUGAAAGUUCGGGGGACUGACAUGGUGAUCCAUGCCGAUGGAUCUUUGACCGCCAAGAAGCCGUUGACCGACGGGCAGUUGCAGCACCGCGCGGACACGGGAGGCCACUGGUCUGACGAGCAGCUGGAGGUCAUUGCUACAGCCAUCAGGGACUUCGAGGCGGUGGUAAAGCAUGUUCUUGGAAGUGGUGCAAAGCUUGUGAAGGCCGGCAGCUUCAUGAAGGGGACUGACAUUGCUGGCGAGUCGGACGUGGAUGUGAUGGUUUUUGGAUGUGGUCCCAUUUCAGAAAGCAGCUGGCAAUCGCUCGUGGAUGGUAUCAGGAACCGCGGCUAUACCAUCCAGAGCACCAACCCAAGGUGCAUCCAUGUGAAGGCAAGCGCAGGCUGCAUCACCAUAGAGUUCGACGUGGUCGCAAAACAGCGGCAGGGCUUUCCUGCCAAUGCUGAGCCCACCAAUCCCUUCAAAGAGAAUCGACUUGCAGCCCGGGCAGUUCGCAACAUCAAGUUGGACUUUCUGGAAUCAGGGGAGGGGCGCUUCAGCGGGAAUUCCAUCGAAGAGGCUGUCCUCUCAGAGCAAGGCAAGCUGCACAGCGCGGGCCUCGGCAAGCUGAUUGAUGCUGCCAAGGCCACGCUCAGGGCAAACGUCACGGCAAAGCGCAAAAGCACACCUACAGCAGCCAGGAAGAACGACGCAAGCAAAAACACCACGGAUUGGGACGCGGUCGUAGGUCAAGGCCAGUUUCGCAAAGUCUUCAAGGGUCGCUACACAGUUGGUGACCGCGUCGGCCAAGCAUCAGCUGCCAAAGUUUUCAAGGAUGGUACAGAGGCAUUUGAGGAUGCUUUCUUCGCAGAGGAUGUCGCAGUGUCAGACAAGGCUAUCGAGAUCGUUGAUGCUUUCAACAAAGCCAAGAAGUUCAAGCACUUUAUGCAAGUCUGCAAGCCUGAUGUGUGGGUCAGGACUCGAACUAAACAAAGAUUUCUGGUGGAGCCCUUCCUCUCCAACUUUCAGCACUUCAAUUCAAACACGGCUUGGGCUGGUUCGACGCCGUGGGCCACAGCGCUGCAGUCUCUGAGCCAUUUCUCUUACCAUUUCUCUGGCGGCGAGAUGGUCCUGUGUGACUUGCAAGGUGCUGUGGAGACCAAGUCAAGACGCGCUGUUGAAAAGCCACCGUGGUCUUCACAGACCCGGCCAUCAACUCCAAAGGCAAACGCUUUGGACCGGCCGACUUGGGUGAGAAAGGCAUCGAGAACUUCUUUCACCACCAUGUGUGCUCGAAGUGGUGUGAUGAAAGCUGGAAAAAGCCCGCAGCGACACGUGCUCAUUUCACUCCGCAGAUGGGUACGUCCAUGA